CAGCUCCGCCUCCGCCUCCCCGUCUCCCACUCUCUCUCCUCUCGCCAUCGCACAUCCCGCACCGGCUUUCUCUCUCCUCCCCACCCUCCUCCGCGAAUGGCGCCGCCGCCGCCGACGCUGCCGUCGUCGCGCUCGACUCCUUCGCUGCCCUCGUCGCCGCACAGGCCGGCGCUGCGGCCGGGCAGCCUGCAGCGGCUGCUCCGCCCCGACCCCUCCGACGACGACGACCCCGCCGCCCCCACGCAGCGGUCGCGGCCGCGCGCCCGCGACCGCGUCCUGCUCCAGGUCACCAACAUCACCCCCGCGCUCUCCGGCGCCGACCCCUUCUCGGGCCACCACGGCUUCUACCUUCGCCUCUCCGACUCCUCCCGCUCCUGCUACGUCUCCCUCCACGCUGACCAUGACGACCUCAUCCUCGCCAACGGCCUCCACAUCGGCCAGGUCAUCGAGGUCGACAGCCUCAUGCCGUCCGUUCCGGCCCCCGUGCUCCGCAACUUCCGCGUCCUCCCCGGGCGGUACCCCUGCGUCCAGCAGCAGGACUCCGGAGACGACGAGGUCAAGGAGGUCGUGUCCGAGCGCCCGCGCCGCCCCUCGCCGACGCCCCCGCUGCCGGAGAGGAGGGCGCGGCAGGGGGGAUCCCCCGCCUCGAUCAGCCACCGCCACAGGUCCAAGUCGAUCACGAAUCUGUCCGACGCAGGCUCGCCGGCGUCGUCGGCUCCAAGGAGGAAGGAGAGCGUGCUGUGGUGCUUGGACCCCCCAAGGAGCCUGAGGAAGAUCAGUGUCCCGUCCGUAUAUGGCAACAGCAGCGACGACGACGACACGUCGGACGUCUCGUCAUCGUACUCGUUGUCCACAGCCAGGAGGAACUGGGACUUCACCGGCAGCAGCAAGGACGUGAGACCCGUCGCUCCCCGGAGACGUAGCAACAGUGUUUCUCCAGGUAAAUCCGGCCCAAAACCCACCGCACACCAGAACGACGUGGCGAAUGAUCCACUGGAGUCGGUGAGGAGAAAGGCAGAGAAGGCGUUCAAGGUGCUCUCCAGGAGGAACAGCAUGACGCCCAGAGACAGCUCCUGUGCUGCAGCGAUGCCGCAGAGUGCUUCGUCCAGUGGCAUCAAGUGGUGCGAGAACAAUGUGAUGUGGAGCUCGCUCUCUUCAAGCUUGGUGCGGCAUGGAAAGGAAGCAAUGAAGCAGAGAGACGUGGCGCUGCAAGCUGUGCUUAAUGGAUUGCUUGAGGCAACUGCCACUGAGAAGUUGAUAAAAUGCCUUAGCAAAUACUCUGAACUACAAUAUGACAAGGACGACGACCCGAAGGAGCUCAUCGACAGGUUCUUGAAAUUCUCUCAAGAGCUCGAUCGAGCUAUCUUCAUAGCUCAGUCACAGGCCAGAUUUACACGAGCAAAAGCAUGCCGUUGCUCAACAUCCUCAGCUUCGCCAAAAGCUGCUACCAAGGCUGCACUGGACAGGAAGCAAUCCGCCAUCUCAUGGGUCAGAGCGGCCAUCGAAGCGGACCUGUCACCCUUCUCGAGCCACACAAGAGCCUCCUUUGAAUCUUCAAAGCCAUCAGUGUCCGAGCCAAAGCCUGUAAGCCCGCUGUUCUGUUCCAAGCCGAAGUGCAACUGCAACAGCAGGCCCUCGAAGAAAACUGCAGAUGCUUCCACCGAAGGGAGCAAUCUGAAUGCAGCCCUGGACCUGGCUAUCGCAAUGCGGUCUGACAGCAACCGGUGGUUCCUCAAGUACAUCGACAAGUUCCUGGACGACAUCGAGAGCGAGACCCCCUACACGACGUGCGAUUCCCAGGUCGCAGGGCUUCUUCAGCAGCUGAAGAAGGUGGAUGACUGGCUCAACCACGUCGUGCGGCAUGGGAGGAUGUUCCCGAUCGACAGAGGCAGCAAGGAUAGUGUACUGUCCGAGGAAGAAGAGAGCGAUGCGUGCGAGAGAGUACGGAGGAAGAUUUAUGGAGCGCUCCUAAGACAUGUGCAGUAUGCUGCAAUGGCGCUCGAGGGUAUUAGUAGUGUAACCGAUGAAGAUAAAGAGCAGGAAUAGGUGACAAUGAUUGAGCGAAGAGCUGUAGCUACACUGCUACACACAAAAAAUAGGAUAAAAAAUUAAAAUGAGCAAA